GUUAAAUGGUUAAGCAAUGAGAUAUUUUUAAAAGAUUAAAAGCCUGAAUCUAAGGAUGGGGAAAAAGAGCAGUUUGUGGAAAUUUAUAUAAAUUUUUAUAUAAAUUGAUGUGAGAUGGUUGUGAUUUUUGUGUUUUGUCACACCGAUGACUCAUGACUCAAAAUAACCGCUAGUAACUAAAUGCUAAUAUCUGUAUAGAUAAGUUAACCAUGUAUUUCCCUUUUCACAAAUGAUUUUUUUUCUGUCUUUGUAACAAGUCACUAUUUGAGAGUUCUUGAUCAAAAGGGUACUACAAAUGAAAUAUAUUACCACAGGAUAUUAGAAAUAAACAAAAUAGUACUUCGGUUUUGUAGCAACAACACACAGGAGCAGCCUGUGCUGGACCUGUGUGACGUCAUCUCGUGACGUAGACGGAAGCGUGUUGGUUCCUCUCGCGAUUGUUUUGGGCCAGACGGGAUUUGGGAAACCAAGGAGGGUUGUGGCUGGCUGAGAGGGUAAGUGUCCACCUAAGGGUGACGUAACAGGAAUCCCUUAAUAUGAGUGAUGAUAAACCUUUCCUGUGUACUGCACCUGGCUGUGGACAGAGAUUUACAAAUGAAGACCACUUGGCUGUCCACAAGCACAAACAUGAGAUGACCCUCAAAUUUGGUCCAGCGAGGACCGACAGCGUCAUUAUAGCUGACCAAACGCCCACGCCGACGCGCUUUUUAAAGAACUGCGAGGAGGUGGGACUCUUCAAUGAACUCACGAGCCCGUUCGACCACGACUUCAAAAAAGGGACUGACGAUGACGUGAAAAAGCUGCCGCUGGAUUUGUCACCUCUAGCGACCCCUGUCAUACGCAACAAAACGGAGGAACCCACAGCUCUGGAAGCCCAUCGAGGUAGCCCGCUGCCUCACCCGGAAUCUACCACAAAUGAUGACAAGGACUUAUCUUUGCAGCCAGCCUCACUGCCAACAUCCACUAUAGUGCAUCCUGCAUCCCUCCAAGUUCCCAAUGUACUCCUAGCGACCUCAGAGGCUAAUGUUGUAAUACAGCAAGCGCUCCCAUCGCCAACAUCUAGCUCUGUUAUUACCCAAGUCCCAUCCACUAAUAGGCCUAUAGUGCCAGUGUCUGGCACCUUCCCUGUGCUCUUACAGCUGCCGAACGGCCAGACCAUGCCAGUCGCCAUUCCAGCAUCCAUUACCAGUUCCAGUGUCCAUAUUCCCUCUACAAUCCCACUUGUCAGACCUGUCACCGUCGUGCCUAAUGUCCCCGGCAUCCCCGGACCCCCCUCGCCACAGCCACAGCCCGCCCAAUCAGAAGCAAAACUGAAACCAAAAGGCUCACAAAGCCAGCAGCUUCCUCCGCUAACCAAUGGCGAUGGCAGUGAGGUUCAGAGCAGCGCCAUAACGCACACUGCUGCUCCUGCUUCUCCAGCCCCGAUUCCUUCCCCUGCCCCCUCCACAUCAUCGCUCACUCUGGCCCCUGCCUCUAACCCGCCCGCCCCUGAAGAACCCUCCCCGCAUUCCCUUCAGCAGCCUGCCACCUCAACCACGGAGACACCUGCUUCCCCGGUGCCCCCUGCACAAAACCCUCCAAGCACAGGGGGUCGGCGGCGCAGAACGACCAGCGAGGACCCAGAUGAGAAGCGGCGCAAGUUCCUGGAGCGAAACAGGGCCGCAGCCUCGCGCUGCAGGCAGAAGAGGAAAGUGUGGGUCCAGUCCUUGGAGAAAAAGGCAGACGACCUCAACUCUAUGAACGGACAAUUACAGAGUGAAGUCACCCUGCUGAGAAACGAAGUGGCUCAGCUGAAGCAGCUCCUGUUGGCUCAUAAAGAUUGUCCCGUAACCGCCAUGCAGAAGAAGUCCGGCCAUCAGAUCGCCGCCGCCGUCAAGGACGAGAGCUGCGAGGAGAUGUCCGUCCCCAGCAGCCCCCAGAGUGAGGCCAUCCAGCACAGCUCCAUCAGCACCUCCAACGGGGUCAGCUCUUCUUCUUCCUCGGCCCCGGCCGGUGCCGCCCCGGCCAACCAGAGCACAGACGAGAUGAGCCAGCCACCCAGCGGCACCACCCAGUCUCUGCCUUCAGGGAGUUGAUCAUCCCAAAAGAGGAGUUGAGUGCUCUUUAGUGUCGCACACGCACACACACAGGAAAGGGAUUGUCCUCUUCCCUCACUUUGGACCAUGAUCUGUUUAAUUUAUUCUUCUUGCACUUUUAUUUAUGUUUGGUCCGUGUUUUGCCUUGAACCGAUGAAGGAAUACGCACUUUUCUUAUUUAUUCAUCCUAAUAGGCUUUCUUCAUUUAAAGGCUGAAAGGGAUGGGAUGGACAUAAUUGAUAGUGUAGUUCAUAAAUCAUGUGGAAUUGAUCGUUGUUAAAUCAUGGCUCAAAAGCCAUUGAGGCAAAAUGGAGUGCAAUGGUUUGCUGCAACCAGCAGAGGCGCUGCUGAGUCAGUCUGAGCUAGUUGAGGAAUACAGUAGGGUACAGUACGUUUCAGCUGCCCAGAAAAAAUGUCUAUUUUUGACACACGGCUCGCUCCUCCCCCUCCAAACCUCCCUGCUAGCUUGACGUUGACGUUCUUCUCGGGUUUUGCAUGAACAUUUGCAAUAAAGGUUAUUAUUCGAUAAGAUUCUGAUCCAGAACCCUCACCUUGCCUCUUCAAAUGCCUUUGUUCAUCCAGUUUUAAAUCCUAAAUAUGCCUAACACACUCAUUAAAGACAUUUCAAGUAUAAAAUGUGUAGCUACUCACCACUAAUCGAUGAUAAUGUAAGAUGAUGGAUGAACACAUGGAAUGGGAGCCACGACGUAGGCUUUAGCCUGGUCGUCAGGCUAGCACUAGAGGCGUUAACGAUGUGCCAUCAUAUAUUAACUCGUGUCCACCUCGCUGCAAGUUUUGAGGCUAGACUGACUGUUCUAGCUGGUGCUUCAUAGCCACACACACACACACACACACACACACACACACACACACACACUACAAAUGGUGCAUUGAAGGACUGCCAAACAAAGUACGAAAUCGUGACGCAAAAACUUUAUCAGUGACUUAUAAAGCCGACUGUCAAAGCUCAUAAUGCUAACGUAGCCAAACAAAGUUGUGUCUCCCACAGCACACAGCUACGGUGCAUUCAAGGACUGCCAAACAAAGUACAAACUCUGAGCGCUUUGACAGAAAAACAUUAUCAGUGACUUAUGAACUUGUGUUCACUAUGCUGAUUGUCCAGGCUAGUGCCAAUGUAGCCAAAGUAACUUUUGCAUCUCACAGCACACAGCUACGAUGCGUUCAAGGACAACUGAACAAAGUGCAACGUUUUAACGAUUGACGAAAAAACAUGAUGAGUGAAGACGUUAACGUGUAAAAAUUGUUGGCUUUUUUUGAACAGCGGUACAUGUAUGCAGUACAUUUGACCUGCAUGAUCACACAUUUAUAAAUUACUAAUGUGGAUGAGAUGUGUUUUCUGCGGGAAAAAAAUGGCCUAUUUUGGAGAAUAAAAUAAACAUUUUUUGACCAAAACUUGACAAAUGUGCAGGGGGUUCACUGUAUUGGAACAACAUCAGCUACAGCACAACUGGGUAAUAAUAUUUAAUACAUUAUUUAUUAAUCUGCCAUUAAGGUUCCUUAUAGUUUAAGUACAGUUUAAAAUUUGCAUUUAAGACAUUUUAAAAUUAAAAUGAUUGGAUUUUAGACUUUUUUAAGACCCCGUGGAUACCCUGUGCGAGUAUUCUUUAACAUGUAGGCUUUUAUUUUGAUGCUCAACGUUACAUACUACGAUGACAUUAUGUAAAUCACCACGACAUACUUAAAAAUCAGGGGUGUCCAAACCUUUUCCACCGAGGGCCGUAUACAGAACAAUGAAAGAAUGCGGGGAAACACUGAUAUUUCUAUAAAUACUGUAUAUAUUUUUGUAUUCUAUAAAAAGGGCAAAAAAACGUAUUUAAAGCCAAAGCGUUGUGUUAUUAAUUAUUAGCAACAGGUACGGGUGUCACAAGAUCUCAUGUCACAAGAUCGGCUUGGGACAGUCAGAAAUAAAUUGACCACACAAUAAAUGAAAAUGAACUUGAUCAUUUUGCGUGCCUGUUUUUCUUGUCUCCCGCCUGCCUCCAAACAGGCAGGAAGAGAGUUCACUCUGGGCAUUUGGUUUCAGUUCUGAGGCGCGUCUGUUCCAUAGAACAACGGCAUGAAUGGAGUGAGCCCUUUUCUUAGUCAUACAGUCUCUUUGUGUUGGUGGGUGGAGGCGGGGCUGCUACCAUACACACACAGUGCAGGAGAGUGUAGCCUCGUGAGGAGCAAUGCAAGGUAACGUAGUAAAAAAUUUAAUUAGUCGAUGAUUGUCAUAUAUUUUAAAAGUAAGUUAAAAUUGCACAUUUUUGCUCUUUUUUUUUUUUGCUGUGGUUUGUGUUUAAUUUUAUUUCUACAACAUGCAGUGGGCCAAUAAUAAACGAGCCGCAGGCCGCAGUUGGGACACCCCUGGCUUAGUCCAAUGCCCAUCCCGAUCCAGAAUUUUGAAUUGUUACCAAAGUGUGUUUGUUUUCUCGACAUGAAGCACGAUGUAAGCAAUCCUAAUUUUUUUCCUCCUUUUGGAUUAAUCAUUCGCUUUCGGUGUUUUUGCGCAUUUUGAUAGAUGACAGGUGUACCUUUUUUUUUUUUUUUUUUUUUUUUCUUAAUAGGAGUCCAGAUUUCCACACGGGAAGUCGUGGCAGCCUUUUUGUCACGUGACCCAGCUGUAAAUGUCAGAUUUUCCAUUGGACUACUCUGUAUGAUUUAUAAAUGUCGAUGGCGGCGUGAGUUGUCGUUGCAUUGUGCAGUUUGAAUGUGAAGACACGGCGUCUGCCUGUGAAAGUAGUGAGGCUGUGUCGAAGUGUGCGUUCUUUCAUCAACAUUCCGUCCGUCGCGCUCGAUUGUUCCCGAAUCAGUGAUUGUAGGCUUUCGUCGUCCUCAUUCAACGCCAUUCAUGUUUUUGUAUACAAGGUUAGCUGACGUUUUCUCAGACUAGCACUGUGAUGAGGGCGAAUAUGUCGCUUUGCAGAGCUUUUGCUGUGGAAAGGACUGUAAAUAGCUUCAUUCAGCACACGCGAUGCUCUUCUCAUUGAUAGGUUACUUUGGAAAUCAACAAUGCAUCGUACCGUACGUUCUUCAUGUUGUACUUCAUUUUUCAUAGGAUCCUUUGUUUAGGUGAGCUCUUUUAACCAUUCAAAUCAAUAAGUAAGCAACUUACUACUGUGUAGUCAUCCGAGAUACUAUUGUUUGAAAAUGUCGAUGUGCAUGAGGUAAUGAUUCUCUGCGAGAAUUUCACUUAAAUCAUUUUUCAAUAAUGUCUCAGUCAGAUAAAUAUCACCAAACUAGAUUUGGAGUUUUAGUGAAGUGGGUGUGAUAUCGUGUUGAAUGUGUAUUUGUGACUUGUGGAAUUUCAAUUGAUAAGUUGUGGUAAUAAAACUUUUAAUA